CAGGAAAGAGGUAAAUUCGAAUAGGGAAGCCAGGUGGUGUUUACAGAGAGGAUUUAGGUCGGAAACUAAAACAGAAAAUUUAACGCUUAUUAUGUACAAGAAUAAGUGAGUAAUUGACACAAUGAAACCACAACGCGGAAAAACACCAAAGAAGAAGAAUGCCGCCCAAACAGAUCCAGUCGAGGUGUAUUGUCGGAUACGUCCCCUGGAGAAUCCAGACAAUCCCACUUGUAUCAAGGCUCUCAGCGACUCCGUCGUUCAGCUGAUUCCUGCUCUGAAUAAUGAAAGGGUAACAAGAAAUGGACAAGCGAAGGAGUACCAGUACACAUUCCAGUACGUAUUUGAUGAGUAUUCGUCACAGAAAAAGAUCUUUGACUAUGUGGCGAUGCCCUUGAUGGAGGAUCUCAUCAACGGCAAAAACGGUCUGCUGUUUUCCUAUGGGAUCACAUCGUCUGGGAAGACCUACACUAUGACAGGGAUGCCACAGGAUCAGGGCAUCCUACCUCGCUGUCUUGAUGUCCUCUUCAACAGCAUUGAGGGACUCCAGGCCAAGAAAUAUGUGUUCAAGCCAGACCGAAUGAAUGGUUAUGAAGUACAUAGUGAAGUAGAUGCAAUGAUUGAGAGACAGAAAAAGGACAUACUUCCCGGAAUGACAACCCCGAAAACUCCCAGUUCAGCAAGACACAGGGACGGUUAUGAGAUGGAGGACCACGGCCGUGUGGAGGAUGGAGACCGUGUCGAUGGUGUGGACGAGGACAACAACUACACCGUGUUUGUGUCCUACACGGAAAUCUACAAUAACUAUGUGUACGACCUACUGGAGGAGCUUCCCUGGGACCCAAUAGUGGGCUAUAAGCCGCCCCAGUCGAAGCUGUUGAGGACGGACUGCCAGGACACCAUGUACGUGAUGAACUGUGUGGAGGUGGAGUGUAAGAGUACACAAGAGGCCCUCAACAUCCUCUACAGAGGUCAGAAGAGAAGGAAGGUGGCUCACACAGCACUGAAUGCUGAAUCAAGUAGAAGUCACAGUAUAUUUAACAUUCGUCUCGUACAGGCACCACUGGACCCAAGGGGAGAGGAGGUCCUACAGGAUGCCGACAAAGUGUGUAUAAGUCAGUUGUCAUUGGUCGACCUGGCUGGUAGUGAGCGCUGUCACAGGACGGGCAACAUGGGCGACAGACUCAAGGAGGCUGGUAACAUUAACCAAUCUCUAAUGGUGCUGAAGACGUGCAUGAAAUUACUGCGAGAGAACCAGAAAAACAACGAAAAUAAGAUGGUGCCCUACAGAGACUCGAAGCUGACCCACCUGUUCAAAAACUACUUUGAUGGAGAUGGGAAGGUUCGAAUGAUUGUGUGUAUCAACCCACGGGCUGAAGAGUACGAUGAGACCAUUCAUGUGAUGAAAUUCGCAGAGCUAACACAGGAAGUGAUGGUUGCGAGGUCGGAGCAGGUGAAGUUUGACAUUGGUCUGACGCCUGGUCGCCGUAGGAUGAACCAGCAGUACCAGGAAGCACUGGCUCACAUUCCACUUAUAGAUGAGGAGGUACCAGUGAUACAACCGAUGUCGUACAGCAUGGGGCCAAGUUUCCCGUCUCUCGAGGUGAUCCACUCUCGCGAUGACUACACCCUCAAUCAGCUGCAGAACUUCUUGGAAGACCGUUAUAAGCGAAGAGAAACUUUACUCAUGGAUUAUUCCAGGAAACAGGAGCAGUUCCGGUCCCAGCUGGUUGUGUUUGAGAAAGAGUACUCCGCGGCAAAGUUUAAGAACACUGAGCUUCAGGCAUCUCUGGAUAAGAAGGAGUCCUACAUACAGAAGCUAGAGUCACGACUACGAAGCAUUGACAAAAAGAACGAGGAAAUGACAAAAACACUGAAGGUUUCUGAACGUGAUCGCCGCGAACUUGAUGCUAAGCUCCAGGAUAAGAAUGUGAAGAUCCGACAGGAACGGUCCGAGAAGGAACGACUCAAGAACGAUUUUAGGAACCGACUUGAAAUGAAUAACCAGCAUUGGGAAAAAAAUCUGGUGAAAGAAAAACACAAAAUAGAAUCCGAGUUUGGAGGUCAGAUCUGGGAAAAACAAAAGAAGUUGAAUUUGCUGAGGAGUAUAGUGAACGACAAGGAUGCUGCGGUGGAGGAGCCUAGAGGUGGGUUCAGGACCCCGGCCCCUAAACCUCGCACAUACACCACGCCGGGAAAGAUCAUGACUGCCAAAUCUGAGACAGAUAUAUCAUCGGUUGGGACCAACUCAACUCCUAGGACCCGUACAGCAACUGGGACAGUGAGCUCCGCCCGGGCCGCUUAUCAGCAGAGGAUAGCCACAUCCCAGGCCACCAGAAAUACUCCAGUAUACAACCCCCGACAUCGAAGGUCAAGGUCGUCCAAUGCUGAGAUCUGGUUGGACCAUAAACCAGCUGGGAAUGUUGAAUUAGCUGUUGGAAAGGAUGGAUUUUUUGAGUACACAGUGCUACAGCCAAAGAUGAAGAAGAAGAAAUCGGUGACAAAGUUGGAAGUGAAGGACACAAAGGAAGCGUCUAAGUACUGUCUGACCCACCAACAGAUGGACAGUGGAGGAGAGCUAGAGACCAGACUUGUCAAGGGUGAUGUGAUGCCAACAGCUGGCGGUGGUACAGCAGUAGUGUUUACUGAUGUGGAGAGCCUGAAGCAGAAGUCGCCAGGAACCAGGAAGAGGAGGAGCUCGUGUCCCCAGCCCACGGACUACGAGGGGGACUGGACCGACACCGAGGACAGAUGUCGAGUUGCCAUUGAGGGACACGGCAAGAAACGCAGUCGCGGGACAGAGAGGGAGUCGCGGGUGUAGGAGACUGCGGCUGAGAAGAGAAACAGAUCUGUGAUAUUGGUAGGGAGGUGAUAGAAGAACGUUCAGACGCAUUUCAGGAAAUACAGCACCGUACAAAUACACCAUAUCUCCUUCAAAACAAACUAAGAUGUAUAAGAGACUUUACAACCAACUGUAUAGUGAUUUAAAAGAAAUGUCUGUUGUCCAUGCCAAAUUUGAGAGAAAACAAUCUUAAAUUUUGUUUCCGACUAUUCCAGGAGGCCGACGUCAAUUUACUGGUAAUAUUUCUGAGAUAUAGCAGACACUUUCAUUGUGAAUUACUGUAUACCCAAUUACUAUGAAAUUUUCACCGCAGUUUUACUUUUGCCUUUUUGCUCUCACCGACGAGGACGUAUUUAUCCUGACACAAAUAUUAGUACACAACAUACAAUAUAUAGUAAUUACGUGUGAAGGGUGAAAUUAACACUAGGAGAACAUGACUUUAUCGGUAAAGGGCGAAUAUUUGACGAGGUGAAAGUUUCCCAGUAUACAGGUAAGGUUCUGUAUUUCCCUGAAUGAGUGUAGUUGAAGUUCUCUUUAUUACAUGGUAUUUCUAGUUUCUUGUUUGAUGGAGGGAGCUUGCGGGUUACUUUAGAUACACACAGUUGAUUUCUGAUUUUUGAAUGACAAUAUUGAGUUUGAUAUCUAUCAGAGAUACAGCAUGAAAAUUGAUUUUGAGAAAAAUUGAACACUUCAAUGUUAAAAUAGUGUUUGAUUGUACUUAAAAAAAAAUAUAUUUGAAGUUUGUAUUAUCUGCUUGAUGGAAAUCAACAUUAGAAUAACUCUAAGAAAAUAAACUAAAAGAUACAGUAUUGGAAUAAAAAGUCCCCAAAUUCUACAAACAACAUUCACAUGUGUAUGAAGGAACUGUGUCUAUUGGAGUGAUAUCUUGCACAGAAUGUCAGAUACCAUUUUGAUCUGGUGCAAAACAUUUUAAGAUGUAGGUAUAUUCCAUGUAGUUUGUGUGUGUAUAUGUUCUCUAUAUGCAUAUUUAAAAGUGUAUUUUAAUUGUGUAGCAUCUGUUAUAUAUUCAUUAGCAAUUAAUUCUUUUUCCUGAAGCAAGCAUGAUAUAAAAGUUAACCUAGGUUUUGAAAAAUCUGGAGAAUUUACAAACUGUUUGAAGAUAGUUACAACAUCACAUACUUCAGUAUUCAAAUCACUGAAUCGUACACCCUAGUCAAGUCCUCUAUAAAUCUGUUUAAUUUUUCUUUCCUUUUCUCUUCUUUUCUGUCAUUUCUUCAUUCUUUUAAGACAAGCGAAAAAGCCAUUAGACAUCAACGUAUAUAAUGGUAUGUCUCUUUGCUGUGUCUAAGACAAAUUUGGACAAACUCUGUGUCCCUCAGUAUUCCGUGUAUGAGGCAGAGACACACUGUUGAGAAUAUAAUACAGUUGAUUAUAAUGAACUAUGUUAUACACUAAUAGUUAAUACUUGCACGCACUUUAUUGUAAUGUGAUUUUAUACAUGCGUUAAAACAAAUGAAAACCCAUAUUCUUAUUUUGAACUUGUUUAAUGUUAUUAAGUUACCUUAGUUGUCUUGAGUGUUGCUUUUGACGUAUACAUUGUUUUUGACUCAAAACACAUUCACUAAGCCCAUUCAAACAAAUACAUUUCAACUUUUAAAUCAUUUCAAAUAUGACAUAUUUUGGUGUACAAUAUAGAUUUUUUAAACAUGGCUCACAACUCACAAAUCUUUUUAACUUAUCCUAAAAAGAAAAUAUUUAUGACCUUAUGUAAGGAAAUCCAAUAUAAGCUGGAAACCAUGGAUGGACCCCAGACAAUUAUAAUCAUAAAAUGUUUGUAAGGAAGCUAGAAAUCAAAUGAUGUGAAGAAUGUUUUUAGUACUGAGAAGAGUAGUGAUAGGUAGCCUGGUUCAAUUUGCUGACAUCAUUUGUGAAGCCUCGUUUUGAUGUAAAAUUUCCCUAUUAGAUUUCAUUAUUUUUUUAAACCAUGUCAUUUGAAUAACAUAUAAAACUGAUUAUUGUAUACAAGUUUAAAAUUGUGAAAAAUUCCUCUGUAAAAUUCUUGCCAUUAUUUUUAAUUUACUGUUAUACUGUAUACCAGGAUAUUUUUCGUGCCAGUUUAACUUUUGUCCUCCUUAAUGACUCUGAAUUAAUCACGACAGCGAUUGCUGCGAAUUGUUAUUACACAGCAUACCAUAUACAGCAAUAAUACAGGGGUGAGGUGGGGACCAAUUUAACACUAGGCGAACAUGGAAUUUUUCGGGAAAGAGCGAAUAUUUGACUGAGCGAAAGUGUUCCCGGUAUACAGUAUUUUUAGUCACAAUAGAUUACACGUAAUUGGAAUGGAAACAUAUCAGUUCUAUAGUUUUUAACUCAUGCUACUGUAAAAUUACAACUUUGUUAGGAAAUUGAUGGAAUAUUGUCAUAUGUAUGUUGUAUAUAAUUCUGAUUACCGGUAUUCUUACAAAUUGAUGACUGUUUUGUGUCUGUAUUUCAUCAAAUGUAAAUAAAUUUGUAUUAUAAUA